AAUUUCUAUGCCCAUGUAAAGAGCAUACGGCCCACCGACGAUGAUCUGUCGACAAUCCAGUAUGAGAUCACCCACUUGGCCAACCUAAUGAAUAACUUUUGCAUGGGCCUGAAAUCAAAAAUGGAUCGAUCUGGCGGCUCUGCAUAUAUCCUGGACCGAUGGCCGAGCACCCGCCAUUACUUUCUGUCCAACGCAUCAGAAGAAGACGACGCCAUAGAACCACGGCUGGAGCCAUGGAUCAUCACCAUGUUUACUGAGAAGCUUAUCACGGAGGCACUCACCCAGGACAUCUUCAACCAGCCGAUCCACACUGGCGUGUCUGUGAACGAAACAUUCAAGCAGCUGAAUGCAUGGAUCGAGGAGCGCAACACAGACUGGGCCAGCCGCCUGAGACAGCAAGUGAGCGCACUCGUCGUGCGCCAAGCUGGUGAACAGGAACAGGCCAUGAUUGACAAGUCGUUGGAAGCGCUAGUGGACAGGAUUCUCGAUCAGCUCAGCAGCAUCUAUCCACGCAUAAAGGACGGUCCUCAGCAAAAGAAAAAGAUGGAUGCCAUCUGCGCACGUGCUGCCAAACUAAAUCUUGCCAUGAAGGGUCAGGACAUUAGAGUGUUCUGUGGCUCAAUUGAAGAAGGUGUCGCCCUCUAUGACAGCGCCACCAUGAAGCCCGUCAGCAAGAGCGAGCCGGAGGGCACUGUCGUAUAUGUUGUCGCUCCGCCGUUCAUUGCUUUGGAUCCAAAGGAUGAAGACCAUGGAUUUGUGAUACCUGCAAAAGUUUACUGUACCUCUUCUAAAUCUCUACUUCCUCCUUCUCCACCAUCACAAACAACAUCAGCAUCGUCACCACCCUCGCCAUCACCCACGCCUACUUCAAUAGCAGCAGAAUAAACAAACUGUUCUAAUAUGAAAUCUAAAGAUUUUGAGCACGAG